AUGGCUACUAGCCACUCCUCCAUGACCUUCCACUCCGUAGCUUAUAUAACUAAACCCUUAUACACAAACCUCUUCCAAGCUACACCCACAACCAACAAAACAAUCCAAGAUCGGUUCAUGAUCUCAUUUGAGAUUCAUAAUGAUGGCACUAAGGAUGAUCUCAAGCUUCCCACUGAUGAUAGUCUGCUUACUCUGACUGCAUUCGAGGAGGGUAAGGAUGUUGUGGUGUAUGUCAUGUCUUCCAUGGGUGAGGAGCAGAUCUGUGCCGUGAAGGAAGUUGGUGGUGGCAUUAUAAUUGAAAUCAUCGUCUACGUCGAGCUUAUCAAACCCUCCCUCCCUGUCCACACGCUCGACUCUCCGAUGACUUUUUUCCACGCGCCUGGCUCUGUUUGGGGGUUCAAUCUCCGCGUUCUGUCACGAAACAUCGAGUUCUCAGCUCCUCUUACGGCUUCAUUGAUCGUCGUCCAUUCCCGUACAGCCAAAUUUCUUCUUUCACUAAAGAUACAAAUCCGUCAAAGAAUAUUCAGGAUCAACAAGUUACUGUCUUACAACACAAGCUACGUACACUUGAAGCUGAGGUGGAGAAGGUUCGAACCGAGCUUAUGCAUGUGGCUCCCUCUUCAAGACAAGAAUGGUCUCCUCCAUAAGGAAUAG